CCGUGUCUCCAUCUGAUCUCUCGGUUGCAGAAUUCCCCGCCUCCCCUUGCUUCAAUUUGCGCACCACGAUCUUUAGCAGUGCUACGGAUUAACCAGCGGCUCAUAGACCGUGAACCGGACUGUCCACUAGUGUAGGAUUUAUUUGUCACGGAAAACACUUCGCACUGAAAACGAGUAGGGGGAAUGAUGACCAACCCUAUGCCCCGGUGUCUGGCUCACGGUUCCUAAAGAAGUCCUCUCAAGGAUGCUGCCUUCGAAGCGGAUCGAACGACAACCCCGGGCCUCGCUUCAGCCCGGGGUUCUCCUGUGUAUCAUUCUCGCCACUGUCAGUGCAAGUAUGCCAGCUACGGGUAAGUGCCCGGACCACAUAGACUGUGCCCGCGAGGGGCGGCACUUCUGCAAACCGGGCACAUCCUACUGCGGCCCGUGUCUCAAUCCAUUGGACGAGAACGAGGAAGGAUUGUGCGUGGCAAGGACGAGCCGCCGUCACCAUGGUAAAGUCACAUCCUUCUCUGAUCUAGAUGAAGAGAUUGACUUCCUUCACUCUGUUAUUGCCAAACAGGAAGUGUCUGAGGUCAAACAAUCAGACACCCGCUCCAAGGCAGCUAGGACUCAGACAGAGGCUCCCAGAAUGAGAGGGCAGGUCCAACCCUCGGCGGGGCAGCCCAACACCACCCAGCCCUCCACCCAGGCCCCCCAGCCUGCCAACGGGGCUCUGGGGAGGGUUGGAGCGGGAGGACCUGAUGGCCUCAUAGCCGUCCCAUACACCUCCAAGGACAGUCUCCUCGUCAUUAUGAUCUCUGUGUGUGUCGUCUUUGGCGCCGCGGGCCUGAUCUUGGCUUCAGUUUUCUGGGUCAGGCUGCAGAAGGAAUCCCGUCUGGCCCAGAAGGUAGAUUACCCUGCAUUUGGAAGCCAUGGGAAUGGAACAGCCAACAGGCCUUCAUCGGGGGAUAAGAAGUUGGCCCAGAGUGCCCAGAUGUACCACUACCAGCAUCAGAAACAGCAGAUGCUCUCCAUGGAAAAUCAUAAAUCGGAACCGAAGGUCGCUGACUCAGAAGUCACGUCAGAUGAGGAGGAAGUGGACGGAGACUUCACUGUGUACGAGUGCCCUGGACUGGCACCGACUGGAGAGAUGGAAGUGAAGAAUCCUUUGUUCAACGACUCUACCCUACACUACCAGGGGAAUCCCAUGUGAAACCCAUAGAUGUUCAUGCCUGCACACACACACACACACACACACACACACACACACACACACACACACACACACACACACACACACACACACACACACACACACACACACACACACACACACACACACACACACACACACACACACACACACACACACACACACACACACACACACACCAUUUCUUGUACUCUGGAAAAAUAGCACGUGAACUCUCCGAUCUUAGAACUGGAUGGGCUUAUAUAAGAGGAAAUGAAGAGGCAGGAGGAUGACAGAUGCAUGAAACUCAAGAUAUAUGUGUCUCUAAUGGCACCCUUACACCCUAUAUAGUGCACUACUUUUGGCCAGAACCCUAUGGGUCCAGGUCAAAAGUAGUGCACUACAUAGGGUGUAGGGUGCUAUUUGGGAUGUAGACAGCCUUCCUGUAUCCUAGGACUUGGUCACUAGUAGGGUGUUUCUAUCAAAAGAACUAGUCCCCUGUAAAUUUCCAGUAAAAGACAGUGUUCCUUUUGAAUAUAAUUAGUUGCUUCAUGUCUUUGCACCUUCCCUUGGUCUUUUCAGCUGGUUUGUAAUUUAAUCUCACAACGAGAACAUUACUAUGGGCACCAAAUGUUUGCCAAAGCAAAUGAAAUGGGCAACAAACAAAAGUGAAAUAAACAAGGAAAAGACCAUUCAGAAAUGAACAGUAAACAUUACUCGCGAAAGUUUUUAUAAAGAAUAUAGACAUUUCAAAUGUUAUAUUAUUGGCACGGUGUUGCAACAAACGUCCAAGUAAUUGAAGUUUGAAAGGGACCAUUAACAAACGGACAGGUUGUAUUUACAAUGGUGUUUGGGCUCUACUUGUUGCCCCUUUCUUGAGGCAACAGGUCUCAAAUCUUACUGAUGUGGUGGCACACUGCGGUAUUUCACCUCAUAGACGUUUUUUAUCAAGAUUGGAUUUGUUUUCAUAUUCUCUCUGGCUCUGUGUAAUCGGUGGGACAUAUGUCUCUAAUAUGGUCAUACAUUUAUUUGGCAGGAGGUUAGAAAAUGCUGCUCGGUUUCUCUCUCUCUUAGAAUCAGUGUUUCAAUUGCUCGCCUUUGUAAUGUCCGUUAUUAUCUCCCAAAGUCUCUGUUUGAAUGUGGUACAAUGACCUUAUAUAUAUAUAUAUAUAUAGCACAUAGAAAACACAUAUUUGCAGACACACACACACACACAUCAAUUGUGCAGACACACACACAUCAAAACAG